AUGGAUUUGAUCGUUCGCGUUAAUUUUUAUAAAAUUAAAAAUAAUUCGGUACCAUUGCCAAUUACAAUUAAUCCAUACGAACAAUAUUUUGACGAUGAUGUGUUCAGUGACAUCAUUUUUACGUUUGAUGGUAAUUCUACAAUCAAAGCAUCUAGUAUAUUCCUUGCUACAAAAUCUCCACACUUUAAAAAUUUAUUAGAAGGUACAAGUAUUAAAGAUGCCAAUAAGAUAAUAAUUAAUAUGGAUGGAGUUGCUUAUAAUAGUUUUUAUAGAUUAAUACAUUACAUUUAUACUGGAAAGCUUGAUGUCAAUUUAAACUUUGGGGAAUUAUUGGAUUUAUAUAAUGAAGCUAAUUCGAGAGAAAUUCAUGAUUUGAAACAAAUACUUAGUUGUAGAAUUAUUGAUUUUGUAGACGAAAACAAUUUGGAUACCUUGUUUACAUUGGGAUUUACAACAAAAAAUAAUGUGUUGAUGAAUGCCGUUUUGAAAUUUUCUGCUAUUGGUCAUACUGAAAUUGUAUUAGAUGGUGUGAUUCCUUAUUCAACCUCUUCUUUACCGGAUUUAAGGGAUAUUUUUGAAAUUUCAGUGGUUUAUGUUGUGGGGUUCGAAUUUUUAAAUGAUAUAAGUUGUGCCGAGCUGAAUUCGCAAAAUAAUGAAAUUUUAUAUAGCUAUGAUUGGAUUAUUAAAAAUUUUGAAGACUUCUACCAAGUAUCACCUAGUUUUAUUAGGAGUGACCGGUUUUAUUCUCCUGUGCCGAGCUAUUUGCAACAUAUUCAAGGCAAUUAUCUUGAAUGGCGUCUUUAUAUAAAUCCAAAUGAUGAACGGAGUGCAGAUCAUUAUAAUAGAACUGCGAAAUAUAUAUCUGUAGGGAAAAGUCAAAGGCUCAAUUCUUUUUCAACUACUAAAUAUGGUGUAUCAUCGGAAAUUUCCAAACUUAUUGAAACCGCAAAAAUAUUUUCAGGCAAUCACAAGACGAUCAUAACGGAUUUAAUCGUUCGAGUUAAUUUUUAUAAUAUUGUACCUUUGCCAAUUACAAUUAACCCAUUCGAACAAUAUUUUAACAAUGAUGCGUUCAGUGACAUCAUUUUUACGUUUGAUGGUAAUUCUAUAAUCAAAGCAUCUAGUAUUUUCCUUGCUACAAAAUCCUCACACUUUAAAAAAUUAUUAAAGGAUACAAGGAAGGACGCCAGUAAGAUAAUUAUUAAUAUGGACGGAGUUUCUUAUAAUAGUUUUUAUAGAUUAUUGUAUUACAUUUAUACUGGAAAACUUGAUGACAAUUUAAGUUUUGAGGAAUUGUUGGAUUUAUAUAAUGAAGCUAAUUCGAGAGAAAUUCAUGAUUUGAAACAAAUACUUAGUUGUAGAAUUAUUGAUUUAGUAGACGAAAACAAUUUGGAUAUCUUGUUUACAUUGGGAAUUAAAACAAAAAAUAAUGUGUUGAAGAAUGCCUUUUUAAAAUUUGCUGUUAUGAAUCAUAUAAUUACAGAUAGUCAUACAAAUGAUCAUAUAACAAAUGGGUCUACAAAUUAA